GUGUGCGCUCAGUGCAUCAUUGUUCGCCUGCUUCCAUAGGAUACUCCCGUAGUACACUCCUUUGUGGAUUCCGAAUCUUUUUGCGGCCGAUCUCUUGGAGGGAAGCCUUCUGAAAUUGCUCUGUCACCAGAACCAGCCAGCUUCUGCCAGUCAUGACUCGGAAAUUCGAAGAGCACAGUGAUGACCCCGAUCCGACCGAAUUCCUCUUCGUGUCCCUGGAGCAGAAGAGGAAAGACCAGACCAAGCCCUACGAUGGCAAGAAGAUGGUCUGGGUGCCAGACGAGAAGGAGGGGUUCGUGCUGGGAAACAUCGUCUCCACCAAGGGAGACAUGUGCACAGUCGAAGUCAAGGGAGAUGAAAAACAAGUAAAAAAGGAAAACCUUCAGCAAGUGAAUCCCCCCAAAUAUGAAAAAACCGAAGAUAUGUCAAAUCUCACGUACCUAAACGAUCCCAGUGUCCUUUACAAUUUAAAAGAGCGCUACUAUUACAAACUCAUCUACACCUAUUCAGGAUUGUUCUGCGUAGCCAUCAAUCCCUACAAGCGAUUUCCCAUCUACACGAACCGAGUGGUCCAGAUGUACAAAGGCAAGAGGAGGGGUGAGAUGCCACCACACAUUUUCGCAGUCUCCGAUGGAGCCUACAACGACAUGUUGCAGAAUCGCGAAAACCAGUCCAUGUUGAUUACCGGUGAGUCUGGAGCCGGAAAAACCGAAAACACGAAGAAAGUUAUCGCUUACUUUGCAAAUGUUGGAAAAUCAGCUAAGAAGGACAAAGACAGCUCAGCUUCCAAAAAGGGAAACUUGGAGGACCAAGUCAUCCAAACCAAUCCAGUAUUAGAAGCGUUUGGCAAUGCCAAAACUGUCAGAAACGAUAACUCUUCCAGAUUUGGUAAAUUCAUUCGAAUUCAUUUUGGACCAAUGGGUAAACUUGCUGGAGCUGAUAUCGAAACUUAUUUAUUAGAGAAAGCUCGUGUGAUAUCGCAACAGCCAUUGGAACGUUCCUAUCAUAUUUUUUACCAGAUCAUGUCUGGGAAAAUUAAGAAUUUAAAAGAGAAAGUUCUACUUUCAAACAAAAUUCGAGACUACCAUUUCGUGUCUCAGGGUAAGACAGAUAUUCCAGGAGUAGAUGACGGUGAGGACAUGCUGAUCACUGACAAUGGUUUUGAUGUCUUAGGUUUCACUGAAGAUGAAAAACUAAACAUUUAUAAAAUCACUGCUUCAGUCAUGCAUCUUGGCGAGCUGAAGUUUAAACAGCGUCCUAGAGAAGAACAGGCUGAGGCUGAUGGUACAGAAGCUGGUGAGAAAGUUGCACACUUGUUGGGUCUAAAUGCUGCAGAUUUGUAUAAAAAUUUACUGAAGCCAAAGAUUCGAGUUGGUAAUGAACUUGUCACACAAGGCAGAAAUAAGGAACAAGUAGUCUAUUCAGUUGGUGCCUUAUCAAAAGCAAUGUACGAUAGGCUUUUCAAGUGGCUGGUCAAAAGAGUCAAUGAAACAUUGGACACAAAGCAGAAGAGGCAAUAUUUCAUUGGUGUAUUGGAUAUCGCUGGAUUUGAAAUCUUUGACUUCAACAGCUUUGAGCAGCUGUGCAUCAACUUUACAAACGAAAAGUUACAACAGUUCUUCAAUCAUCACAUGUUUGUAUUGGAACAAGAGGAGUAUAAGCGUGAGGGUAUUGAAUGGACUUUCAUUGAUUUUGGUUUGGAUCUUCAAGCGUGUAUUGAUCUAAUUGAAAAGCCCAUGGGAGUUUUGUCCAUCCUUGAAGAAGAAUCUAUGUUCCCCAAAGCAUCCGAUAAGACUUUUGAAGAGAAACUGAAGCAAAACCAUCUUGGGAAAUCACCCAAUUUUGUGAAACCACGACCACCCAAACCAGGCCAGCAAGAGGCCCACUUCGCUAUUGUCCAUUAUGCUGGCACAGUACCCUACAAUCUUCAUAAUUGGUUGGAAAAGAACAAGGAUCCAUUGAAUGACACUGUAGUUGACCAAUUUAAGCAUGCUUCAAAUAAACUGCUCAAUGAUAUUUUUGAAGACCAUUCUGGGUUGGGUGUUGAUGACUCCAAAAAAGGUGGCCGAAAGAAGGGAUCUGGAUUCCAAACAGUUUCAGCUUUGUACCGAGAACAACUGAACAAGUUGAUGGCUACUUUGAGACAAACACAACCUCAUUUUGUCCGUUGCAUUAUUCCAAAUGAAACCAAAUCUCCAGGUGUGAUUGAUUCCCACUUGGUGAUGCACCAACUCACUUGCAAUGGCGUACUGGAAGGUAUUCGUAUUUGUCGCAAAGGUUUUCCAAAUCGUAUGGUGUAUCCAGAUUUCAAGCAUAGAUAUACAAUUUUGGCUCCAAAUUCCUUCCCAGCGGGUUUUGUUGAUGCGAAAAAAGUUACAGAAUGCAUUCUUACAGCUAUUCAACUUGAAGCAAAUGACUAUAGGUUGGGACACACCAAGGUUUUCUUCCGAGCUGGUGUACUAGGUAGGCUAGAAGAAAUGCGUGACGAGAGACUUGGAAAAAUUAUUACUUGGCUACAAGCUUGGGUUAGGUGGUAUGAAUGUAAGAAGGAGUUCAAGAAACUACAAGAGCAAAGGAUUGCUCUCUUGGUUAUUCAGCGUAAUUUGCGAAAAUUCUUGCAGCUUAGAAACUGGUUGUGGUGGAAGUUGUACUCCAAGGUCAAGCCUUUGCUCAACAUUGCUCGAGUUGAAGAUGAACUAAGAGCUUUAGAAGAAAAACUGAAAGUUGAGCAUGAAGCAUUUUUGAAAGAGGAAAAGGUUAGAAGGGAAUUAGAGACUAACAAUGUGAAACUUCUUCAAGAAAAGAAUGAUUUGUUUCUACAGUUGGAAGCUGAAAGAUCUGGUGCAGGAGACUUGGAAGAGCGAUUAAACAGAGCAUUAGCCCAGAAGGCCGACUUAUCCUGUCAAUUACAAGAUGUGCAAGAGCGAUUACAACACGAAGAAGAUCAACAUGUGCAGAUAGCCCAAAUAAGGAAAAAAUUAGAGCUUGAUCUUGGAACUCUCAAAAAAGAAGUGGAAGAUUUAGAAUUAACUAUACAAAAAGCUGAACAAGACAAAGCAUCACGAGAUCACCAGAUUAGAAAUCUCAAUGAAGAAAUUACACAUCAAGAUGAUUUAAUCAAUAAAUUAACCAAGGAAAAGAAACACCUAACUGAAAUUAAUCAGAAAACGUCUGAAGACCUGCAAGUUACCGAGGACAAGGUUAACCAUCUGAACAAAGUCAAAAUUAAGUUGGAGCAAACUCUUGAUGAGCUGGAAGACAGCCUAGAAAGAGAAAAGAAAUGCCGGGCUGAAAUGGAAAAAAUGAAACGAAAAACAGAGGGAGACCUAAAACUAACACAAGAAGCUUUGAUAGAUUUAGAAAAGGCUAAAAAGGAAACUGAACAAGCAAACCAAAGGAAAGAGAAAGAAAUGGCCAGUCUUGCAGCUAAAUUGGAAGAUGAACAAUGUUUAGUUUCAAAGCUACAGAAGCAAAUCAAGGAACUUCAGGCAAGAAUAGAAGAAUUAGAAGAAGAACUUGAAGCAGAAAGACAAGCUAGAGCAAAGGCUGAGAAACAAAGAGCAGACCUUGCUCGAGAAAUUGAAGAACUUAGUGAAAGGCUUGACGAAGCAGGUGGUGCAACAUCUGCACAGGUUGAGCUGAACAAAAGAAGAGAGGCAGAAAUGACAAAACUGAGGAGAGAUUUGGAGGAAUCUAAUUUGCAACACGAACAAGUUCUUUCUAAUUUGAGGAAAAAGCACAACGAUGUAAUAGCAGAAGUCAGUGAGCAAUUGGACCAAUCAAAUAAACAUAAAGCGAGGUUAGAGAAAGAAAAAGCUCAAAUGAAAGGGGAACUUGAUGAUUUAAGAUCAAGUAUAGAUCAUGUUAACAAAGAAAAGGCCAAUGCUGAGAAGCAAAUGAAACAAAUGGAAAUGCAGCUCAUGGAAUUACAAGGAAAAAUGGACGAAGCCAACCGCUCCUUAGCAGAUUUUGACGCAACUAAGAAAAAACUUGCAGUUGAAAACGGAGAUUUGUUGCGACAGCUUGAAGAAGCAGAAGGACAAGUCUCACAGUUAACAAAAUUAAAAUCUUCUCUCAUGACGCAGUUAGAUGAAGCUAAACGAACUGCAGAUGAAGAAAGCAGGGAAAGGGCAGCAAUAAUGGGAAGAUUCCGUAACGUAGAGCAUGAUAUGGAUACUUUAAAAGAACAGCUGGAUGAAGAACAGGAAGGAAAAGCAGAUUUACAGAGGCAGCUUAGCAAACUCAAUGCCGAAGUUCAGCUUUGGAGGUCCAAGUACGAAAGUGAAGGAUUAGCCCGACUUGAAGAACUUGAAGAUUCAAAGAGAAAGCUACAAGCCAAAUUACAGGAAGCCGAUGAAACUAUCGAACAGUUAAAUGCUAAAUGCAGCAGCUUAGAGAAAACGAAAACACGAUUGCAAGGAGAGUUAGAAGAUAUGUCUAUAGAAGUCGAAAAGGCCAAUUCCCUUGCAAACGCAUUGGAGAAAAAACAGAAGAACUUUGAUAAAAUUAUUGCUGAAUGGAAGCAGAGGGUGGAUGACUUAGCUGCUGAGUUGGAUGCUUCACAAAGGGAAUGCAGGAAUUAUUCAACCGAAGUAUUCAAACUUAGAACACAAUACGAGGAAAGUCAGGAGCAAUAUGAAUCGGUUAGAAGAGAAAAUAAAAAUCUCCAAGAUGAAAUAAAGGACUUAAUGGACCAACUGGGUGAAGGUGGAAGGAGCGUUCAUGAAUUAGAAAAAGCUCGUAAACGUUUGGAAAUGGAAAAGGAAGAAUUACAAGCUGCUUUAGAAGAAGCCGAAGCUGCUUUGGAACAGGAAGAAAACAAAGUACUGCGAGCACAAUUGGAACUAUCUCAAAUUAGACAAGAAAUUGACAGACGGUUACAAGAAAAAGAAGAAGAGUUUGAAAAUACCAGGAAAAACCAUCAAAGAGCAAUUGAUUCUAUGCAGGCCAGCUUAGAAGCAGAGGCACGUGGCAAAGCAGAAGCAUUGCGAAUGAAGAAGAAAUUAGAAAGUGAUAUUAACGAACUGGAAAUUGCUUUGGAUCACGCCAAUAAAGCCAACGCUGAAGCUCAAAAAAAUCUGAAGAAGUACCAAAUCAACUUGAAGGAACUCCAAGCCGCACUAGAAGAAGAACAACGGGCAAGAGAUGAACUUCGAGAACAAUAUGCCAUGUCUGAAAGACACUGCAACGCCUUGCACGGAGAACUGGAGGAAAGUCGACAACUUAUGGAGCAGUCCGACAGAGCUCGCCGAUCUGCCGAGUCCGAACUCUCUGAAGCAAGAGACCAGUUGAAUGAGCUGACAGCCAACAAUGCUUCCCUAUCCAUGGCAAAGAGGAAACUCGAAGGAGAAAUGCAAGCACUGCAUGCUGAUCUGGAUGAAAUGCUCAAUGAAGCCAAAAACUCGGAAGAAAAAGCAAAGAAAGCCAUGGUCGAUGCUGCGCGUUUGGCAGAUGAAUUAAGAUCGGAACAAGAACACGCUAUGCAGCAAGAAAAGAUGCGCAAGUCUCUUGAACAGCAAAUGAAGGAUCUGCAGGCAAGAUUAGACGAAGCUGAAGCAGCUGCACUUAAAGGAGGAAAGAAAAUUAUUCAAAAGCUUGAACAAAAGGUUAGGGAGUUGGAGAAUGAACUCGAAAAUGAACAAAGAAAACACGCUGAAGCUUCUAAAAAUUACCGCAAAGCUGAACGAAGACUCAAAGAAGUUCAAUUCCAAAUGGAGGAAGACCGCAAAAACCAUGAACGUAUGCAGGACCUUGUAGAUAAACUGCAGCAAAAGAUCAAAACAUACAAGAGGCAGAUUGAAGAAGCUGAGGAAAUUGCUGCCCUCAAUCUCGCAAAAUACAGAAAAGUACAGCAAGAACUUGAAGAUGCUGAGGAACGUGCUGACAUGUCUGAGCAAGCAUUAGCAAAAUUACGAGCUAGAAACAGAAGUUCAGCAUCAGCAGGCCGCGGAAUGAGCCCUGGACCCAUUGUGAAACCUGUAACUCGCAAAGUUAAAGCGUCUGAUGAGUAAAUUCUGACUCUUGGUCAAUAAUGGCCGUCUUCAAGAUUCCACUCAAAACUGAAUUUGUCAGAUGUGCCUCACAACUAUGGUCGCACACCUUAUACUCCUGGAAAAUUCAACUCUCAUGAGUACUUAGACGACAGUGAUCACUAAAGAAUUGUGCUAGAAAGAUUCUGAUAUUUCAAGAAAUGAACUGAAACUAUUCAAAUAAAAACUAAAGCCUUGUUCAAAAAUAGAAUUGUUGCAUCAAAAUUUAUGUAAUAUAAAAUUUGUUGUGAUGCUUUGUCUUAAAAUGUACUUUGUAAUUAAUAAAUUAUCAUCUAAAAACUCAUGAUUGCAAUAAAGUCAUUUUAAAAUGUCA